GAUGGUGGGACGGCAUGGAGUCAUUUUCUUCCACCGACCUGUGUCUUUCUUCUGCUGCUUCGAUAAUUGACAUUCUUCCUUACGCCAGCUCCGCUCAACAAAAAUUCUAUCGUUUUUAACCAAACCCUAAAUUUUUAACCAAUCCCAGUCUCCAUUUUAAUCAACAAAGGUAUUUUUUUGAAAACUAUCAUCACUGACUCAGCCAUUCCAUCACUCGCAGGCUCACUGCUCCACUCUUAAGCAAACAAAUGGACCGACAUUCAUCCGACGAAGACGACGAUCGCCAAACCUUAAUCCACCAAAACGACACCAAGCACCUCCCACGCCAAAUCCCAACCAGCCCACGCGCUUCUACCGCUCCAAGAUCCGGUUUCCACAUCGAAGAGCUGGAAUCUCAAAUCCGACGACGUUUCAAGCUCACCUUCAACAAGCGUUACCUCUUCGCCAUCUUCCUCCCUCUCCUCCUCAUCCCUAUCUUCCUCUCCACCGACAUUCGUUCCCUCUUCUCUUCCAACAUCUCCUCCCUUAAAUUCAAUAAGGUGUCGGAUCAACUCAAAGAAUCCCAACUCCAAGCUCUCUACUUGUUGAAUCAACAGCUAACUUCCCUUCUUUCUCUUUGGAACCACACUUUCGUCAACUCUAAUGACAAUGUCUCAGCCGUUCAGUUUGACGACAUCAAAGCCUCAUUGCUCAAUCAGAUCACCUUAAACAAACACAUCCAGCAAACCCUCUUAUCCCCUCACAAAACAGGAAACACCCUCCAGAACGCCACCGUUUUAGACCCCGCCUAUGCCGGUUACAGUUUCGACCGUUGCAGAAAAGUUGACCUGAAAUUCUCUGAAAGAAGAACUGUCGAAUGGAAACCUAAACCCAAUAAAUUCUUGUUUGCCAUUUGCUUGUCGGGUCAAAUGAGUAACCAUCUGAUUUGUUUGGAAAAACACAUGUUCUUCGCGGCGGUUCUAAAUCGGGCAUUGGUGAUUCCCAGUUCGAAAUUGGAUUAUCAGUACAAUCGAGUUUUGGAUACCGAGCACAUUAACGAUUGUGUUGGGAAAAAAGCUGUUAUCCCAUUCGAAGACUUCAUGGAAAUGAAGAAGAAUCACGCUCACAUUGAUAGGUUCAUUUGCUAUUUCUCCAGCCCGCAGCCGUGUUACGUGGACGAAGAGCAUUUGAAGAAGUUGAGGUCAUUAGGAAUUUCGAUGGGGAAAUUAGAGAGUGCUUGGAAGAAUGAGGAUAUUAAGAAGCCGAGUCAAAAAACGAUUAAGGAUCUGGAAGAGAAGUUUGCUUCGGAUGAUGAUGUGAUAGCAAUUGGGGAUGUUUUCUUUGCGGAAAUGGAGAGAGAUUGGGUGACGCAACCAGGUGGUCCUAUCGCGCAUAAGUGUAAGACUUUGAUCGAACCAAGUAAGCUUAUCUUAUUGACUGCUCAACGGUUUAUUCAGACGUUCCUGGGAAGUAAUUUUAUCGCUCUUCAUUUUCGGCGACAUGGAUUCUUGAAGUUCUGCAAUGCUAAAAAGCCAAGUUGCUUUUACCCUAUUCCUCAAGCUGCGGAUUGCAUCACUAGAAUGGUUGAAAGGGCCAACACUCCAAUUAUAUACCUUUCAACAGAUGCAGCAGAAAGCGAAACUGGUUUGCUGCAAUCGAUGGUUGUACUGAAUGGGAAGACUAUACCACUGGUUAAACGGCCUCCUCGUAAUUCAGCUGAAAAAUGGGAUGCAUUGUUAUACAGACAUGGCAUUGAGGAUGACCCCCAGGUGGAAGCUAUGUUGGAUAAGACCAUCUGUGCGAUGGCGAGCGUGUUCAUUGGAGCCCCAGGCUCAACUUUCACAGAGGACAUUUUGCGACUCCGAAAGGACUGGGGAACAGCAUCUCUAUGUGAUGAGUACUUGUGCCAAGGUGAAGGGCCAAACUUUAUAGCUGGUGAGGAGUGAAGAAUAUGCAGAAAUGGCAGACUGUAAAAUUAUCAUAACUCAAAGGGUCUCGAAAGAUGCUCCAUUGCAGAGGAUGGUAGGUAUGGUGUUACUGAAUUGUAGUAUAUUAUACAAGCAUUUCAUUGAUUUGAUUACUUAAUAGUUUUACAACAUUCUUACACUGAUGGAGUGUGUAUGAUGUGAUCCACUUCGUGGUUGAAACCCCUAAAACCUGAAUUCUUUUGUUGUGUUUGCAAAUCAGUUGACCAUCCAUCAGUAAUUGCUGCAGGGUUUGGUCGCCCUUUUCUUCUUGAUUAGGAACAUACUUGAGGGUUUGGUAACUGAUUGAAAAUAUUCAAUUCAUUGAAAAAUUAAAAUUUUCGGUGGUCUUA